AUGCGGCCAGAGGAGGCCGCUUUAGCAGAUUACACCGCCGAGGACGCGCAACGUGCCCGUUUCGAGCACCGAGCGCCACAUUCAAGUGACGACCGGCACAAUGGACCGCGCCUAAAUCAGGGGUGCGAAGGGUAUAGGCCAGGGGUCACCAAUUACUACCGACCGAAGACAGUUUUCGAAAAUUAUAUGACCGUCGGCGUCUUGGUCCGUAUGGUUUUCAGCCAGCAAAGGCCUUUACAUGGU